CAGAUCAGGGGCUGUAGCACAGUGCUCUGCUGUACUCAUUUCCAAAUCUGGCUCCGUGGACGACCUACCUGUAUCAACAACUUAACUUCACUGAGCUCCGCGCCUGCUCUAUUUCACCCCGUCCGUCUUCCAUAACUCACGCUCCGCAUCGUGCAUCACAACGUCAUCUGCCAUGACAAUUUCAAAGCCAUCGGCGGGCCAUGACGGCUCACUUAUCACGGGGGUCAACUCAGUCCGCGGGAAUCGCAACUCGAUGGACCAAAACGAGUCAGCGCCAUUGCUCGGCGCUGCUGCAGAAGAGCAGCCGAGACCACGGACCGGCAGCUAUCCGGGUUCCGAGGACUUUGACGAUCUUCCCUGGCAUAGGCGUCCUACUGUCUUAUGGCUUGUCGGCCCGUUCUUGCUCUUCACGUUGGCAUUUGGAGGCGUCAUCGUGCCCAAGCUCAAUCUCAUUGUCGAUCUUGUGUGCCACCAGUACUAUGCCGAGCGACAAGCUACAUCCCCAGCUGCUCCUUUCGGCGAAGAGCCAGCCAAGGAUUUGUGCCACAGUGCCGGGGUGCAGAAAAAGGUUGCGCAGUUCACCUUGAUCCUGCAAGUUCUCACUGGGCUGUGCAGUGCUAUCAGUGCCCCCAAGCUCGGCGCCCUCUCGGACCGUUAUGGCCGUGUGCGCCUCCUGGUCGUUACGUCUUGUGGCGGUAUACUUAACGAGGUCAUCACCAUCAUGGCAGCCAAGUUCCCGAACGUGGUCGACUACCGGUGGCUGAUCCUGGGUGCCUUCUUUGAUGGCAUUUGCGGGUCUUUUACUGCCGGCAGCAUCUUGACGAAUGCCUACGCAAGUGACUGCAGUCCCCCCUCGAAGAGGGGCGUCUAUAUCGGCUACCUGCAAGCCUGUCUCUUCGGGGGUCUGGCAUUUGGACCUCUGAUUGCUGCUUAUUUCGUCAAAUGGACAGGCUCUCUCCUGUCGAUCUUCUAUGUCACUCUAGGGUGCCACAUUAUCUUUGCUACCUUCAUAUGGUUCUUUGUACCGGAAUCCUUGUCUCUCAAGCGCCAACUACUUGCCAGGGACAAGCAUAGGGCGGAUAAGGAAGAAGCCGUCCGACGAUACGGGUCUGCGUGGACGCCCGCAAGCCUGGUCGAGACACCUGAAUCCCUCUCUGGCCAUAUCGACAAUGCGGCCGCGGCUCGUUCUGCCAGCCUGGCUUCUUCCCUCUGGCUGCCCGGUUGGCUUGCGCUGAAUCCCUUCGCGCCAUUACGUGCACUUGCGCCGCGGGGCCGGGAGAACGGAAAGGUUCGCCGCAACCUCAUUCUUCUGACUGCAAUCGAUGCGAUCUUGUUGUCGACAGCUUUUGGAGCCGGUACCGUCAUUGUGCUUUACACCGAGUUCAUGUUUGAUUGGGGCACGCUUGAAGCUGGCCGCUUCAUCUCGGCAACAAGCAUGAUCCGGGUGUUGGUUCUCCUUGGACUUGUGCCUGCGCUUAACUACGUCUUCCGCGUCAGACCCUUGAGACAGCGUCGUCUCGAAAACAACAACAUUCACGUCAUGGAGACGAAUGCUGGCGCCGACAAUCUUGACUUGUGGAUGCUGCGAGCCGCGCUUGUUAGCGACUGUUUGGGUAUCUUUGGCUACAUCAUAUCACGGCGACCCGAGUUCUUUGUGCUCAGUGGCUUCGUGGCAUCGAUCGGUGGCUUGGGAAGUGCCACGAUCCAGGGUGCAAUCACAAAGCAUGUGCCUUCGGAACGGGUUGGCGCCCUUCUAGGUGCCAUCGGUCUCGUCCAUUCGCUAGGGAGGGUCACGGCGCCCAUCGUCUUCAACGGUCUGUAUGCGGCGACGGUUGAGACGUUCCCUCAGGCAUUGUUUGUGCUCCUGCUGGCCUUGUUCGUGCUUGCGCUGUUCGUCUCCUUCUUUGUGCGGCCAUUUGUUCAUCUCAAGGAAGACGGUUACGCAUCCGUGCCUUCAGUACUGGUCGACGAGGACAACCAUGUCACAGAAUACCUCUCUGUUGCUAUUGCGGUCGAGGAGCAGGAGAGCGAGACGCUUCCCCAUAUCGACAGGUAGAGUCGUCGUGUAUCUCGUUUUAUUAUUAGAUGGCGGUGCAUGGGGGUGGAACGAACUACUCAUCUGCAUUUUUAUUUAUUUAUUUUUUAAGUCAUUCAGGACAUUUCCAGGUUUUGCAUGUAUACAUUACUUUGCACAAGAUACUCGAUGGUUGGUAGAAGCAUUAGUGCAGAUCUCUUGUUCCAUAGGCGUCGCUCGCCAACCUUAAGCAUUCAGGGUUCGUUAAGUCUAGAGGGCUGGGCCACAUUCACGUAGACCGAAGUAUUGAGUGUCAAGAGCCAAGAUCCACAUGAUGAUCCAACGAUUAACCCAUCAGACCAUGGGCCCCGGCUUGGUGCUUCUUCUCAUCUUA